UGGGGGCGUGGUUAGUGUUUGACAGCAGACCCGCGAGGACCCACCCCCUACCGCCCCUCUCAGGCACAGAGCAAAAGUGGGCUGAGUGCAGGACACUCCUACAGUGCGCGCCGGUGCUGAAGGGAUUCUGGUGCCAUCACUGCUGCAGCAACUCAGGUGGCCAUGUUGGUGAGUCUGUGGCAGGCAGGGGGCGCCCUGUUUGAAGAAGCGGUGGGUGGCAGCCUCGCCUCACGUAUUCUGCUCCCCUGCGCGUUUCUCCUCAGCCUGGCCUACCUGUCUAAGCUGGCCUUCAAGCACCUGCAGACCGUGGACACAGAGAACGCGAAAGCCCCACCAUUCAUUCCGUCCUUUAUCCCUUUCCUGGGCCACGCGAUCGCUUUUGGGAAAAGUCCAAUUGAAUUCCUUGAAAAUGCGUAUGAAAAGUAUGGGCCGGUCUUCAGUUUUACUAUGGUGGGCAAAACAUUUACCUACUUGGUGGGCAGCGAUGCAGCUGCUUUGCUCUUCAACAGCAAAAACGAAGACCUGAACGCCGAGGAUGUGUACUCGAGGCUCACAACACCGGUCUUCGGGAAAGGAGUUGCUUACGAUGUCCCCAACCCGAUCUUUUUGGAACAGAAAAAGAUGCUGAAAACAGGACUGAACAUCGCUCAUUUCAAAACCUACGUGAGGAUGAUCGAAGAAGAGACCGUGGAGUAUUUCAAGCGCUGGGGAGACAAUGGCGUCGGAGAUUUAUUCGAGGCGCUCUCGGAGCUGAUCAUCCUCACAGCUAGCCGCUGUCUACAUGGGAAGGAGAUUCGCAGCCAGCUGAACGAGCGCGUCGCGCAACUCUACGCAGAUCUGGAUGGAGGCUUCACUCACGCUGCAUGGCUGCUGCCCGGCUGGCUUCCGUUACCCAGCUUUAGGCGCAGAGACCGAGCACAUCAAGAAAUCAAAAAAAUUUUCUAUAAGGUGAUCCAAAAACGCAGGGAGUCUGAUGAGAAAGAGGAUGACAUGCUGCAGACACUUGUGGAAGCCACAUACAAGGAUGGUACCCCACUGAACGAUGAUGAGAUAGCAGGUAUGUUGAUCGGUUUGCUGUUGGCUGGGCAGCACACAUCAUCCACCACCAGUGCCUGGAUGGGCUUCUUCUUGGCCAAACAAAAGUCUUUCCAGGAGCAAUGCUUUGCAGAGCAGAAAGCAGUCUGUGGAGAAGAUUUACCCCCUCUGAAAUAUGACCAGCUGAAAGAUUUACAAGCCCUGGACAGAUGUAUCAAAGAAACACUGAGGCUGAGACCCCCCAUUAUGACCAUGAUGAGAAUGGCCCGGACACCCCAGACUGUUGCAGGCUACAGUAUUCCGCCAGGACAUCAGGUGUGCGUUUCUCCCACUGUUAAUCAUCGCCUAAGGGACACUUGGGUACAAAAUACUGAUUUCAAUCCAAACCGGUACCUUCACGAAAACCCAGCAGCAGGAGAGAAGUUUGCAUACGUACCUUUUGGAGCUGGUCGUCAUCGUUGUAUUGGUGAAAAUUUUGCUUAUGUUCAAAUUAAAACAAUUUGGUCCACAAUGCUCCGCAUGUACGAAUUUGAACUUGUUGACGGAUAUUUCCCUACAAUAAACUACACCACUAUGAUCCAUACGCCAAACAACCCCAUCAUCAGAUACAAGAGACGGGAAUGUUAAGAACGUGAACUUCAAUUGCUAAACGGAUCCUAAUUUCUAGUUUGAAAAUUGUAUAUUGGAGGGGGAUUGAAAAAUUGCACCUGUAAAUGUUAUGUAUUUUAUAAAAUGAAUGUGAACGGGAACAUAUAAAAAUCCUUGUGUACAUUAAUUUGUCUUUUCCUUUCAAUGUUUGAAUUGAUCUGUUGUACAUAAGUUGCAUUAAACAAAAAAUUUUUAAUUUUUA